CUGAGCUUGGAGACUACGAUCCGGAGGAGCACCCAUCAGACUAUAUCAGAGACUUUAAACUGUUCCCCAAACAAUCCCUCAAACUGGAGAGGAAGAUUAUGGAAAUACACAAGAAUGAGCUCAGGGACCAGUGUGCAGCACUAGCAGAGCUGAACAUGUUGCAAAGGGCAUACACCCUGGAAACGUAUGGAGUCGACCCACAUCCAUGCAAGGAUUUCACUGGUGCGACCGCCUUUCUGGGUUUCACAGCCACAGGUUUUGUGGUUUUCCAGGGAAACAAGAGGAUUCACCUCCUCAAAUGGGCUGAUGUUAGCAAGCUGAAGUUUGAAGGGAAAACUUUUUAUGUCAUCGGGAUCCAGAAAGAGAAAAAACUGGUGUUGACAUUUCACACCUCGACCCCCGCAGCGUGUAAGCACCUAUGGAAGUGUGGGGUGGAGAAUCAGGCCUUUUACAAGUGUGCAAAGUCAAGUCAGAUAAAAACUGUUUCGAGCAGUAACCUUUUCUUCAAAGGCAGCAGGUUCAGAUACAGUGGAAGAGUAGCCAAAGAAGUGAUAGAGGCCAGCUCCAAGAUCCAGAGAGAGCCCCCAGAGGUCCACAGGGCCCAGUUUGGUCAGAGUCGAAGUUUUAACUCUUUGAGCCACAAAAAUCUCAUCAUGAACAUGGAGCCUCUGGUACCUGCUCUUCCCUCCACCAACGAAUAGUGUGGUCUCUGUGAAGGACCCGGUUCCCUUGUCUCCCCUGGAAACUUCAGCUGCUCCUGCAGACUCGGAGCAGCUCAGUGCAAAAAGAGAAAACUCCAGUUUGAGCAAUGACUUGCAGUCUCACUACGUUUCCAUGGAAACCUCAAAUUUCCAACCUCAAACGCCCAAAGUUGAAGAGAGACUUGAGGAAGAUGACGAGGCGCUCACCAUUUCUGAGCUUUCCUACAGCCCCUGUGUCAGCAUGCUUCCCACUCCAGUGGAUGACAGUCAAGGAGGCACCAGCUUGCUCUUCUGUUCCCCGGUCCAGAGUCCCGCCCGGCUGCUAAGAGAGCUCCAUGAAGACCCUGACAUCCAGGCCCAGCUGGAGGCUGAGCGGGAGCGAGACCGUGCCUGUGAACGCGCCCGCCUGGCUGCGGCAGGUCGAAUGUGUGGAGCCUGGACCAGCAGCCUGCGCCUGCUGUCGUCCAAUGAGAGGGUCAACACCUGUGUGCUCGGCGUGGCCCGGCUGGUUGCCGUGGUAAUGGGUGUCCUGCUUAUCACUGUGCCCACGCUGCUGCUGCUGCUGGAGUCGGACAUCGACGUGUCGUUCCUCCACGAGAUCCGGCAGACCCCAGAGUUUGAGCAGUUCCACUACGAAUAUUACUGCCCGCUUCGGCGCUGGAUUCUGUGCAAGAUCAGCAUGGCCAUGGAGAACCUGUGGUCCGACUGAGGGAGAUGAGGAGCAGAGGAGAGCCAUGAUCAAAAGAGUGAAAAUGUCUGUCUUAACUUGUGGUUUAUGAUCUCCUGUCUUAACAUGUGGGCUUUCUUUGCAAUAUGACUCGCAGAACUGUAGCAAGCAAGGCAGUUCUGCCUAAGUGACACAGAAUCAAGUAUAAUUAUUUUACCUCUUUGGCAGGAUUUACUUUAUGAAUCAAAUAAUAAAAAAAGAAACUGGAAAAUAUUUUUUUCUGUAAUCACUUGUUAAGAUAGACACUUUUGACAGGACUUUGCAAAGAAAGAAGACAUGAUCAAGAGAAACUGAUGGGAAAAAAAUAAAUGAGAAAAAAAAAAAAAAAAGACAGAAGUGGUUGGUAUUAUUUUACUGGGUCUUUUGUUGGUUCGCUCCUGAUGCUGACGAGCAGAAAUUCUGAUUGGCUGUCAUCCUGAGAGCGGCUCAUCUGAUUGGUUAACGAGCAUGUCAGUCAUGACGGAGCGAGAACACAAAGAGAAUAUAUUUACCAGUAAAAUGCCACACCGCUCUGUAUAUAUAUUUAAAAAAUGAGCAACAAUAUCAAAUAUUGCUAUGUUAAAUAAGUUUUUAAUGUUUUGUACAUUUUUAUGUGAUCCAGAUCUUUCAGGAAUUUUUCAGUCA